AAAUUCCUGAAACCCCAAGUUAUUUUAACAUAUUUUUAAUAAUACUUCUUAUUCAUAAACAACGAGAAAAUUUCGUUCGAAAAUAUUAAAAAUUCUGUGCUAUAAUUAGUAAUGAAAAGAGUAGCGCACUUUCGACGACAACGACAACGAUCGGGUGAAGACAUCCACAACGGCAGCUGAGGCAGGGACGGCCGCAGCAGGAAAGCUACCGAAAUUAAUUCCUUAAAUUUAUACGCUUAGUUAUGAGAAUGGCGCAUGAUUUUGCUACUUAAAAGCGUUUCACGUUCAGCCUCAGCAAGAGCCCCGACCACAGCAGCAACUCGCCAUGGGAUAUAACAUCGAUUGGAUAUUCUCUCGUUUGCGGUGUCCUUCAGGCUUAUGGUAUAUUUUUAGUCAAAUUGCCAUUACAGCGGUGGGAUUGUUUGCCAAGUUCGUGCUGGUGUGUAUGAACAAAACAAUCGUGUACAACAAAGAUAGACUGAUAAACUUGAUAGAGAAACGUCCAGCUGGUGUGCCGUUAGUAACAGUUUCAAAUCAUCACUCAUGCUUCGAUGAUCCGGGAUUAUGGGGUGUGCUUCCAGUAAAAUAUGUAUGUAAUACCUUCAAAAUACGUUGGUCGAUGGCAGCGCAUGAUAUUUGCUUCACCAAUAAAUACCAUUCGAAUUUUUUUAUGUACGGUAAAUGUAUUCCAGUUAUACGUGGCUCCGGUGUGUAUCAGGAUGCAGUUGAUUUGUGUAUACAAAAGUGCGCGCUCGGGCAUUGGGUGCAUGUCUUUCCGGAAGGCAAAGUUAACAUGACCAAAGAGGAAAUGCGUCUGAAGUGGGGUGUGGGUCGUAUAAUAUACGAAUCGCCACAAAUUCCAAUUAUUAUACCUAUGUGGCAUGAAGGCAUGGAUGAGGUGUUGCCCAACACUGAGCCUUACAUGUUGAAAUGGGGCAAAAAGGUCACACUGAAUAUUGGCCAACCCAUAGACUUGCAUGAUUUUAUACAGGAUCUCAAAGAUCGCAAAGUGCCUGAGUCGGAGGCAAGGAAAUUGAUAACCGACAAAAUACAAGAUGUGUUUCGUCAUUUACGUAAAGAAACUGUAGAACUGCAUAAAAAACGGCAAUAGUAAUUAAGUAAAUUUGUUUUAAAUUAUUUUAUUAACGUUCUACUCAUAGACUCAUGGACGAAGAGGCAUACACUUUUUAGCUAUUAUAUAUUUAGUUAGAUAUAAAUGAAAAACACAGAAAAGUAGAAAAUAUUAUGGUUAAAACCCACAAAAAGUGUGAAAUUAUCAUUUUUACAGAUAUCGCUCGAAAAUGUUAAGCUAUGUAACUCUUUAGAAAAAAUACAUUAUUUUUUCCCUUUAUUUUCCUUGCAAAUACCAUUGCUGUAGAAAUAAAGACGCUAACUUUUUCUUAGUGAAAACAACGACGUAUUCCGUAAAACAAAUUAUGUUAAAAAUGCAAUGUGCAAUUUAUUGAAUAUUUAUGUAGUACAUAUAUUUUUGACUGUAAAAUAAUUAUUGUAAUUUGCUUAGUUUUAUGUGAAUAUUCAACGAUAAUAUGAUACGCUUAAAAACUAAACAAAAAAUUUAAUAUACUACUAGAAACCGAGUAUUCGUACAGAUAUAUUGUAAAAAGUAUUGUAGUAAAUGAUGUAAAUACGAUUUUAGAUAUGCAUAAAUACCGACGCCCUAAAUUUAUGAACAUAAUGAAUUAGAUAUAUUGAUGAAUGCAUGUAUUUAUAUGUACGUUUAAAAAUAAAAUAUAUUUAUAUAUUUCAACUGUAAGAGGAAUGUUUGCGUUUGAGUGUUGCGCAAAUCGUAUGUAAGUGAACCAAAAAGUACGAUCUUGUAAAUGAAUAUGUGUAAAAUAUUGUUUUAAAACAUAUGUAAAAAAAUAAAAAUUAACUAGAAAAGAGAGCCGAAGGUCAUAUUAGUGCUCCUUUUUUCGGAAAAGGAGUGAUCUUUCUCUCCUUUUCCUUUAUUAAUAAUAAUAAUGAUUAUAAUUAGAAAAGAGCAUCACUGUCAAAUUUUUAAAUAUUAUACAUAAAUAUACGAGUACGAAAACGAAAACGCACUAAAACUUUUUUGCAAACAACGUAAAAUUGGUGGG